CCACCAACGUUGAUUGCCACGACACAUGGCAGGCAGCUGCUGGUCCUUCCGAAUGUCGCGCGGCGCCAGCACGGAGAAGUCUUUCAGAUGUCUCCGCCUGUGUGGAGAAGGACGCCGAGCGUGCAAACGCGGCCAGCUCAUUCGCUAGCAACACCCAUGUCAAGAACCAGCUCAGGAGGUGAGUCUUGUGAUGCUACCGGGCGACGUUUCCUUCCAUUAGCCACCCUCCGUGGGGUGGGCAAAAGCUGGUCAGCCGUGGUUGAUGAGGAUGGCAGCCAGCCGUCACGAAGCGGAGCCCUGGGUAGUCGACUCUCUGGCAGCAUCUCCCACAGCGUUGCGUCUGAUGGCAGCAGAAGCAGCAGGAGCCGUGCCAGCUUCGUGCACAAGAGGCUAAGGCCUAGCAAGUCAGCUUGCUCAGGCACGGAAGGUUUUGGCAUCACGGCCUUUACAGCAAGUCAGCCCCAAGUGCCAGCUGCUUCACACUACUCGAUGGAUUUGGAUGGGCCGGAUUUCCAGAUUUUUGCGACAGGCCUGCAAAAGGGCAGCGUGCUCUGCUCGGCCCUGGACCUUCUUCAUUUGCAGAGCCUCGCCCAGAAGGUGCAGCUCUACUACUUUGCACCCGGGGAGGUUGCGGCCAAGAAGGACAUGGCGUCCAGCCACCUCUAUGUCGUUCGGGACGGUUUCUUCGUUUUAGAGGAAGGCGCCCGCCUCGGCCCGUGCUGCGUCUUCGGGGAGCUGGAUUUGCUGCAGCUGCACUCAGAGGUCUUCGCGGGCGGCGCGGGCGGCAGCUGCCUGGGCAUCGCGAAGUGCUGGCUGUUGGAGCAGCUGAAGCAGCUCAGAAGGCAGCUGACCUCUCAGAGCAGGCGCCUCUUGAGGGAGAGCGAUCUCUUCCGCUAUUUGGACGCGGCCAACAUAUCCAGGCUUUCAAGAAAGAGCUGUACGGUCAAGCAUCGCCGGGGAGAUUGUGUCAUUCCAAAAGGCGAGCUAUCAAGAGGUCAUGUUUAUCUAGUGAAGUCCGGUGAACUGGUGUCCAGGGACGCGAACGGCUGGACCACACUUCUGAGCGUUGGGGACUGUUUGUGCCAUGGUUGCGUCACCGGCAUACAUGCGUCCGCAGUGCAUGCGGACAGCGAGGAGGUGGAGCUUUUGGCAAUGCACUACUCAUCACUUCAGGCUGCUUUGGGCGUGCACGCGCAAGAUUUCCUGUGGCGCUGCGUGCUGUUGGCGGCCUUGCGGGAUCAUUGGUCCAGCCACACCGCGUUUGAAGAGCUGUUGACCUUCAGAGCAGAUCCAGAGGCACUGGCCAGGGCUUGCAUCAUCCGCACUUUGACCCCUGACUCAGAGCUGCCUCCGGAAGAAUGCCAAUCCAUCCACUGGUACAUGCUCCUAGACGGGCACCUGACCCACGACUCACACCGGAUGGCGCCCUUCGAGUGGCAGCACUGCCAGGGGAAUGUCUCCCUGCACGCGGGGAGCUUCUGCACCCUGGCGCUGCUCUUGAAGGAUGCGGUAAGUGACCCGUGCGAGAGCGACGAGAGCGAGAGCCCGGACAAGCUCCGCCUGGUGCAGCAGGUCUUCCUCUUUCGGAACCUGGACUCAACUGAGCAGAAGCUGCUGGCGGAGUCCAGCCGCCUGAUUUCCAGGCGUGCCGGUGAGACGAUCUACAAGGAGGGUGACCUCGCAUCUCAGAGCUUUGUGGUGGUGCAAGGGGAGGUGACACAGUCACAAGGAGGCCGGUUGCUUCGGACUUUGGGUGGAUUCAGCACAUUCGGUGAGCAGGCGCUUUUGAGCAACCAGACCCGGGCCCUGACCAUCACGUGCAAGACCGAGAGAGCGAGCCUGCUGGCCAUUGACAAGAUGGUCUUCGAGCAAGUUGUCAAGGAGCGGGUCUUCGCCCAGCUGCAGUUCCAGCUUCAGCUCCAGCGCGCGGACAUAGAGAUGGAGGACUUGCGGCGAGUUUGUACCCUGGGCUACGGCACCUUUGGCGUGGUGCAGCUGGUGGAGCACAAGGCAUCUCGAGCGAGGUACGCCUUGAAAUGCAUCAGCCGUGGCGAGGCGGAGGCCAGGCAGCAACAAGAACGAAUCAAAGCAGAGCGCGAGAUACUCGCAGAUGUGGACCAUCCGUUCAUUCUAAAGUUGGUGCGAACUUUCAAAGAUUCAAGGCAAGCACUCUCGGACUGGGGCUGGCCACCAGUGUUGCUGCGGAGAUGGGCUGAACGUGAGCAGUUUGGCGCAUCGCCUGCGCCGGGCGAGCAGGAUACGGGUUCCACGUUCAAGGCGUCCGGUCCAAGUUCCCCAUUGCGAAUUCUGUCGUUCAAUCUGUUGGCCGACUGCAAGCAAAAGAACGAGGCUUGGAUGCCAUCUGCAGAAGAGGCGCUUUCUUGGAAGCCACGCCGAUUGCGACUCUUGGAGAUCCUGUUGCAGGACCAUCCAGACAUCAUUUGUGUGCAAGAGCUGGACGUCGGGGCCUUGCCCGAGCUAAAGGACGCCGGCUACGCCGCCUUCUCGACGGAUACGGCUUCGGACUGCGUGGCCGUUUUCUUCCGCACGGAUCGCCUAGAACUUCUGAGCUGCCACUCCCUGGACUUCGCGGCAGUCGCAGUUCUCAGAGACGUCCAGUUGGGAACAACGGCCGUCGCCAGCGCCCAUUUUCAGUCAGGGAAGAACGAGCUGGCAGAAACGGCAAGGAGUGGUCAGGUUUGCAAGCUCUUUGACUUCAUGCAGCAAUUGGCUGCGGAUCACGUAGUGGUGGCCUGUGAUUUGAAUGCAGUGCCGAAACUUGAAUCCGCGGGAGAGGCAUCAGCAUACUGGACUGCACGUAGUCAUUCUCUCAACUUGCACAGUGCCUACGAGAAGGCAGAAGAGCCCGAAUAUACCACCUGGAAGCUAAGGCCAAAGGGUGAGAUCAAGCGGACAAUCGACUACAUCUUCCACACGAAGACAUUGGAUGCGGUUGGCGUGCUGGAGCCACCGGAGAUGCCCCCGGAACGGUUCGUCUAUAUCCUCACAGAGUUUGUCACAGGAGGGGAGCUCUUCAAUGCCAUUCGAUCUUUGGGCAUACUAAGUGGAUCUCAAGCGAGGUUCUACACCGGCAGUUUGAUUCUGGCCUUGCAGGCCUUGCACGCAAAGAAAAUCGUGUACAGAGACCUGAAGCCAGAAAAUGUGUUGCUUGACAACUACGGCUACAUCAAACUGAUUGAUUUUGGCUGUGCUGUCAGACUUGACAAAGGCAGCCACAGAAGCCUGGUCGGAACACCGCACUACAUGGCUCCUGAAGUCAUCCUCGGAGAAGCUUACAGCUAUUCCUGCGACGUCUGGUCUCUGGGUGUUUGCCUCUUUGAGUUUGUGUGCGGCCCGCUUCCCUUCGGGCAAAGCAGCGAAGACCCCAAGCAGGUGUUUCAGGAUAUCCUGUUGUCCAAGCUGUUCUUUCCGGAGCAUUUCACCAAUGUUAGCGGGAAGCAUUUGCUGAGGUGCUUGUUGCGCAAGAAUUCCCGGCUGCGAAUCGGAUGUGGUGAGCGCGGUCUUCAGGAUGUGCAGGAGCAUUCCUAUUUCCGGAAGUUCAGCUUCGUCAGGCUCCUGGGCCGAAACUUGGAACCUCCGCAGGUCUCGAGUCCGCACCACGCACCUCCGGAGGAGCAACAGUCGGAAAGCUGCGAGCUCAAGCCUUCAGUCUCUUCUGGGCCAGAGUGUGAUGAUUGGGCCACGGAUUUUUAAAGUUUUUGGCAAUUCAUUAUGACGGUUUGGAGUGGUUAGACCAGCUGUACAGUGCCACAUUGCGGCGUUGCAUCAGACCCUGCUGCCAAGUAGCAUGACUGGCAAUGAACAUCAUGGGCACUGAGCACUCUCGCGCCAACGUUCCCUGUUCGUCCCAUUGGGCGGCAGUUUCUAUUUCGACAGGUGUAUUUCCGCUGUCCAUUGCAAGGCUAGACCCCUAAAGCUUUGGGUCUCGGAAAUGACGGAGUCUCUCAGAGGGAUGAGUCCGUGC